AUGGUGAGAACUCGAAUCUCCGAAGAAGAUGAAAAGGCCAUCAUCAUCGGCAUAGACUUUGGCACGACCUUAUCUGGCGUCAGCUGGGCGUACUCCGGUCAGCCCGACAACAUCGAGGUCAUCAGCCGCUGGGAGUCCAAGAUCAACCUCAACUCCGACAAAGAAAAAGUGCCCUCGUCAAUUCUUUUCCGAGGAAAACGCGGUAACACUUCUUGGGGAUAUGCCAUUCCCAACGAUGGAAAGCAGGAGCCAUUGAAGUGGUUCAAGCUCUUGCUCGUUGACGAGCGUGACCUCCCCGAGAACAUCCAGGAUUCUAGCCAGAUUGCUACCGCCAGAAGACUGGCUAAGAGCGCGAACAAAGAGCCGUGCAUUGUCAGCACAGUUGGCGAUGCCAUGGUUAAGAUGUGUCGAUUUCACGUCGUUAUCACUCUUCCGGCAAUUUGGCCGGAUUACGCCAAAGCCAGAAUGCGCAGAGCUGCCGAAGAUGCUGGCUUGCUGAAGCCCCGUCCAGCUGGAGAGACGAGCUUGUCCUUCAUCUCGGAGCCCGAAGCGGCGGCUCUAGCUACAAUGAAGGACUUGUCGAAGAUGCCCACCGCCCAGGUUGGAAAUCACAUCGUUGUGUGUGAUGCUGGUGGCGGUACCGUCGACCUCAUCACCUAUGAGAUCCUGAGCUUGGAUCCCUUCAUCGUUCGAGAGGCAGUUCAAAGUGACGGCGACCUCUGUGGCGGCGUCUUCCUUGAUGAAGCAUUUGUCAACAUGCUUCAGGAGAAGGUUACUCCCCAAGCUUGGAACAACAUUCCCAAAGACGAGGUCAGGAAGCUUUUGAAUGACGAUUGGGAGCAUUGCAUCAAGCCCUACUUCAAGAACCAGGACGACGACUGGCACAUCAAUCUUCCCCCCGAGUGUCGCGUUCCUGGAACUCAACAGCGAGGCAUGAAGCGCAAGCGCCACCUCAUCCUUGAUCAGGAGGACCUGCUCAAGGUCUUUGACCCCAUCGUCAACCAGACCAUCUCACUGGUCGAGAAGCAGAUCGAAGCUGUUAUGAUCAAGACGGAGUCAAAGCCCAAGCAAAUCAUUCUUGUCGGGGGUUUCGGCAGAUGCCCGUAUCUACGAAGCCGCCUCAAGGAAGAAGUUGGAAACAGCAUCGAGAUUCUUGAGGGCCAUGGCGCCAAGCCGUGGACCGCGAUCUGUCGGGGCGCCACCAUUCACGGACUGACGCGCCGCAACCUCGCACCUGGUCUCGCAGUCGAGAUCGAGUCCAGAGUCUCUCGCAUGAGCUACGGUACCUGUUGCACGAUGGAUUAUGAUCCCGAGGAACAUAAAGAGAGCGAAAGGUAUUGGUGCGAAGAUGAGCUCGAAUGGAAGGGAACCAAUGUCUCGUCCGCUGAUCCAGUCACAAAGUCGUACUACCGUCUUUGGGAGUCAGUCCCCAGCCAGGUCGACAGAACGAUCUAUUCCAGCGAGGCGUGGCCCCCUCCGAAGAGAUUGGACCACCGCGUCAAUGAGCUGUGCACCAUUACUUGGAAGAAGAAGAUGAACUUCGCAUCCCUUCCUAGCUUCACCAAUCCCAUGGGCAAAGUGUUCGCCAAGAUCACUUACGAUGUGGAGAUGACCUGCUCCGGAAAGAGCGUGGACUUCACUGUCGUCCAUGAUGGCAAGCAGGUGGCAGCUAAGAAUUUCGAGGUGGUCUUCAAGUCCGAGGACGAUGAGUAA